AUGCUGCGUGAAGGGUACCUCUCACGCGUCACAAGGUUAGCGGAGGGCAUGCAACGAAGGUCGAAACGAAGCUACGGUCUGCCUGAGGCUCUCCCCCCCGGUAUGGUUGAUCUCCUGGACUUGCUUCGGAUUGCCACCCUGGAAACGGUCGAAGCAAUCUCCCUAUGGAGACUGUCCCAGGUAACUCCUACACCCGCACCAUUUGAGUGGAACGGCCGCAACUAUCUAAUGAAAAUGCUGCAAGACUGCGACUUUCUGGACCGCGUUGAGGCUCUCCGCAACUGGCUCGGUUUCCCAAUAUCAGGCAACCCCUUCUUCGUUCCACAAGACGAGGUGAACACUCGCAACGAACCAGAUGAAGGCUCCGCCAGUCGAAGAACUAGCCAAAUGGUUGGUGCAGGGUUAGGUUUCGAUAAGUCCGGCCUGGCCGACGUUGGGAGGCAGCCGUGGCUCGGGCCAUUAGUAUUGAAGAGCGUCGAUGAGGCCGGUAGCGAUUUCGGAAGAGAAGCAUAUAGCAGCCGACGCCGUAAACAGCGGAGACUACGAAAAACGGAUGGAACGAACAGUCUGGCGCCCUACGCUGCUGCUGUCGUGAACGACCCGACUCUGCUGGCUGCGGUGAAGGCCCCAUCUCCAACGCGACGGGGCGACCAAAACGGCAUCCAAGGGUUAGGUCCGAGAACAGACGCCCUCGAGUUGUCACCUAGAAAGGCUACCGUGGACAUUGAGGCAUUGGUCCCUAACCUCGUUUCGAGGGAUGACGCGUGCAGGAUCGGUGUGGCGAUAAAGGCUCUGAUGGAUGAACAGAAGCGAUUGCUCGAGGCUUCUAAGGUAUCGGAGGCAGAAGCAGCGCAAUGCUUUGGUCGCCGGCGGAGAUCCAGGGCUUGGUCGAGAGUUUCGACCGCGUCAUCGAAUGCCGGUUGGCAGAACUUCCGUGCGUCUGUAACCUCGACAACUGGUGCAGCAAGCAAGCGACCAUCUAGCUUCGAAGCACAAGUCACUCGCCGAACAGGAUCAACUGUAGGGACUUUGCGCCGCAACCAUCAGGUUGCGUCUGGUUUGCCUGAAACAGGCGACAUGCGCUCUUUAGUACGGACGGCAGCCGGGCUCAUGAACCAACCGCUGCCUGACCCGCACCCUGGGCUGGGACCGGUGUUACUGAAGUCAGAUCUUCCGGGUGGACAACUACACCCUCACCCGUUCCUCCACACUGUGUCGGAUGCUCAUACUGCAACGACAGACGGCCUCGAGCAAGAAAUCUCAAUAGUUGUUCCUACCAUCUCGGGUCCGGAAACCGAGGACCGAUGUUCCACAGCGCCUUCGAACUCGAACUCAAUGGUGGCCUCGUCUUCGGCCAGAGAUGUAGCGGGUGGGCGGCAAAGGCGAAGCGUUCGCCGUCGAUCCUCGGUGAACCAUCGCCGCGCUGUCACUGCCCCGGCGAGUUUAUGCAGUUCAUCUUCAAGUCCAAGACGUUCGCUCCUGGAGCAAGGACCGCUGAUCUCUUGCGCAAUUCAGCAGGAUACUCCCACAUCUCGUGUACCUUUCGCGGAACGAGCUGAAACGCAGGAUAUGAUGAAACCGUCAGCCUCGGAGUACUCCAGCCGGGUGUUCGGGCUGUCGCGAAAAGCCGGCGCGGAACUGAGGGCGUUGACGGCCGCGGGGACGACAGGGCGGCGGCAGCCUCCGCCUCGUGAGAUACGUCUGCGCCGCCUGGCAAGGGACGUCGCCCGGCACGCGACGGAACUCCGGCGGCUUGUGGGGGAAGAAAAUCGGCUCAGGAAAUAUCUAGCUUCUCGAUGCAGCGACGGCAGCAAACAAGAUGGCGACAGCCAGUUACUCCACUGCGGGCGAAGAGGAAGUGCGGGAGGCAUGGAGAAUGACGAUGAUGCCCUUGCGAGAAUGGUAUCUGUGAGGGAAGAUGGCAGUAGAGCUCCUCAGCGGACGGGUUUAGAUGCCGUGGACGGUGAGUUACCAGAGCACCACCAGAAGAAGAUGCAGACUCUGCUGGAGGCAAAACGCCGUGAGAUCGAGUUGAAGACGUUCGAUCUCGGCGUAAAGCGAGACGAGCUGGGCUGCCUUCGGGUGGUGCAAAAGCAGGAGCGAGAGAGGAAGCUUGCUCUAGAGAUGGAACGGAGGCGCGCUCGCCUUGCAGACGGGCAGAGGUUACCAGAUGAUGACAAGGUGGCGGAAUCGCUCGAGGAGAGUUCUUGCCUCCUGGUGCAGAAGCGCAUCCGGGGAAAUACUGGUCGCAAGUACGCGGCGUGGUAUAAGGCGCACAUUCAACAGGCAGCAAUGACAAUUCAACGUGGAGUCUGGUUCAUUUGGGACAGAAGAGCUACAAGGCGCCGCCUCCUGCUACACGCCUCGGCGAGGCCGAUCCAGGCGACCAUCCGGAUGUUCGUCAAGCGACAAGCCUACAAGCGAUUGCUGCGAGAAAAGAAGGAAUUGUUCGCAACUUGCAAGAUCCAGAGAAUCGGUCGCGGAAUGCUCGGGCAGCGGAGGGCGGCGGCACGCCGAUCGAUGAUAGCGGCAGCUACCAGGGCGCUUGACUGGGUGUCUCUAGAGAAAUUACAGCCAAAACACCUCAAGGAGCUGGCGCACGCGAUUCAUGGUGCUCUCGUAGACCCAGUGGUAAGCAGGGUAAUGCAUGAUAGUAUGAGGAGUUCGUCAGGGUUGUACUCGAAGCCCACACGGAUCGCACGUAACGUCCUUCAACAAUAG